GUCAGUCCAGUUUUACUACGUUUGGAAAGCAGCACCAAAACAUUGCCCUCCAUGGUUUCUGCCCUACUCAAGAGCCUCCCAUCAUACAUUGUAAAGAUUUGCAAAGGAAUGUUUACAAAGAAAUUGGCAAAUCCCACAAAGAAGAAAGAAAGUAGCGAAAAAAAAGAACCAAAAUUGACCCUGGAACCGCAGGCACGGAAUCCGACUUUUUCCACAGCUCUGAAAAGCACAGUCAAAAAAAUCUCCAAAUGUUCCUCAGCUCGCAACAUAUCCCUUGAGGAGGACGACGGAAAAAACGAUCCCUCGUCACUUUCCCCGACAUUCAGUUACCGAGUUGCAAUAGCUAAUGGACUUCAAAAAAACGCUAUUUUGUUUAAUAAUAAUGAGAGUCAGCUCCAAGAGGUCUUAUCUAUCGAUAGCAGUUACUCUGACUCUCUGAGUGAGGUUAAACUUGCCCAUAGAUUCGAUGAACAAAAAGCCCACACUAUGCCAGUAAGACGGAACAGGAAGAGUUUGACCAGCCUGGCACCCUCUGAUGGAAGUUCAGAGGGGGAAAGGGUGGAACGAAGCAGUCUGCACACCCUCCGGCUGGGAGCUUUGCGAAAGCUAAGAAAAUGGAAAAAAAGUCAAGAAUGUGUCUCUUCAGAUUCAGAGGUCAGCAACUGGAGGAAAACUCUAGGUAUCCGGAGCAAGUCUCUGGACAGGGCUGGACGGCAGCAGAAGGUAACCUCGCUGGAGCCUGGAUCCAGCUCAACAGGCUGCAUCAGCCAGACUCAGGACGUCAUGGAGAUGAUUUUCAAAGAAUUGCAGGGGAUCAGCCAGAUCGAGACGGAGCUCUCUGAACUGCGAGGGCAUGUCAACGCCCUCAAGAACUCCAUCGAUGAGAUCUCCAGCAGUGUGGAGGUGGUGCAGAGCGAGAUUGAGCAGCUGCGCUCAGGCUUUGUCCAGUCGCGGAGAGAAACGCGAGACAUACAUGAUUACAUCAAGCAGGUCCACCACCAAGGUAGCAAAGCCACUCUGAGAUUCAUAAAUGUGCCUGAGGAAAAGCAUGAGAAAACUGACAGUCUUAUUUACCAAAUUUUAAAGGAAAAAAUGGGGUUUACUGAAGCACACAAGACACUAAAAAUUGAACUUGCCCAUCGGUUAGGGCAACAACGAGAAUGUCCUAAUGCUAAGCCACGUCCCAUCAUUGUUAUCUUUUCCACCUUCCAAGACAGGGAUUUAGUUUUGAAAAAGUGUUACAAGCUCAAAGGCACGGGCAUUUCAGUCUCAACUGAUAGUCUUGUACAUGAACCAAAAGACAGGAAAGACAAAGGGAUGACCUCAUCGCAAACGUACGAAAGCAUGGACAUAAAAGUCUCAACGAAAGAGAAAACAGAUACUGAUGACUGGGACUCUAUGGACAGUGAUAAAGAGUUAGAGGACUUGAACAGAAAUAAAUAUGCAGUUGUGACUAAGGCCGCAGUCAAAGGCAAGUCUGAUAAAAAAAAAUCCCACGAUGGACAUAAUCGGUCCACUGAUGCCAGCAUGUAUUCUGGCUCAGUGCAUUAUGCUGAAGAUACCUUCCAGUCAGCAGGAUACGAAGACCAGGAUAAGCAAACAAAGCCUUAUUACACAGACCUGACUCCCGUGUGGCUUUCCCAGAGUGACUACUCCACACCCAAACUCAGUCGCUCAGAGUCAGACUGUUCAAAAUUGUGCCAGUCUUAUUCUGAGGAUUUCUCAGAGAGCCAGUUUUUCACCAGGGCUAAUGGCUGCUCCUUGCUGUCAUCCUCAGAUCAGGAACUUUGGCAGAGGAAGCAGGAGGACUUGGCAUCCUCUUGGUAUGCAAGCCCACCCAGCCAAACCCUCAGCCAGGAAAACCCACCUUUUGUGGAACCAAAUGAAGCAGAGACCGCAGAAACGGUUGACAGCGGUGUUAGCAAUGGGUUAGUCUGUGCAUCAGGUGACAGGAGCCACUACAGUGGUUCUCAGCUCUCUUUGCAGGCUGACCUUUCACCAUGGAAGGACUGGCACCAUUUAGAACAAGGUGCUGACUCAGGCCUCGAUGCUUCAACUGAACAGAACUUAGUUUCUGAGAUCAGCAGCCCUUUUGACCCCACAGCUAAUCCUGGUUUCCCUGAAAAUAUUACAAAAUGCCAAGAGGUGGACCUGCAGUUUGAGGGUGAGAGCUACAUGACACUUGAUAGCACUCCUUCUACUUGUCCUGGUGUGGAGAGUGAAUCUGCAAGCCAACCUGAUGUCCAGAGUGACCCUUUCCCAGAAGUCAACAUUAAUCACAUUUAUCAAAAUCAGAACAAGACAGCCACUAUGUAUCGGAGUCAGAGCGAACUUCCCAUUGAGAAAUGUGAAGAGGUUCCCAAAUCCUGGCACAGCCGGCUCAGCAUUGACCUCACUGAUAAAUCCUUCAGCUUCCCAACAUUUGGUUCUACCCUACAGCGAGCCAAAUCCGCAUUAGAGGUAGUCUGGACCAAAAGCUCCCAGAGCGUUAGUGCAACAGAAGAACCUAGCAAUUCCUCAUUCAUGAGUCGGUUCAGAACUUUAUCCCAGUCUACUGCAAAUGAUUCCAGCACAACCAUUGAUUCAGAUGUGUACACUGAGCCGUUCUAUUACAAGGCUGAUGAAGAGGAGCUCAGUGAACAGCCCGUGGACAAUGAGACACAUUAUGUGGAGGUCAUGGAGCAGGUACUUGCUAAUCUGGAGAACAAGAAAAAUGCAAAUGAACCCCAGGAACAGGACCAGCCGGAAGAGUGCCAGGAGGAACAGUCUCCACAGGACCUGAUCCAGGAGGAACAGUAUCAGGAAGAUGAAGAACCUCAGGAAGAAAGCAUUGUGUUAGAAUAUGACUGUAGCUAUGAUGAGCAGUAUGACGAAGAGUACAGCGAGGACUACGAUGACAACCAAGCAACAGAAGAAACACCAGAGAUUGAGUCAAUGCUCUAUACUGAAGAAACCGAGGACACUGAAGAUUUAGAGGAAAGUGAGGGAGCAGUUGAACAACAGGAUGAAAAUCUAAAUGUUACAGCAGAACCAUCGGGUGAAACUGCACCCAAAAAGAGAAUACGACCAACUUUCAAAGAAGUAGCACUGAGGGCAUACAGGAAACAAAUGGCUGAGCUAGAGGAACAGAUUCUUGCUGGAGAUAGCACUGCUUUGGAUGCACAGGCACGGCUUGUAAGCAGCAAUGUCCUGGAUCCAUCAAAACUGGGGAGUGCUGGAGGGCCGGGCAGCAUACUUUACGGUAUCGACAGCAUGCCAGAUUUACGACGCAAGAGAACUAUGCCUAUUGUCCGAGACCUGGCUUUGACAUUGGCUGCUCGAAAGGCAGGCAUAUCUUUUGCCCUUGUGACCCGAUCCACCUUAAACAAUGAAGACCUGAAACUGCACGUCUUCAGGAAAACUUUGCAGGCCAUGAUCUACCCGAUAUCCUCCACCACCCCGCACAACUUUGAGGUGUGGACGGCGACGGCGCCCGCGUACUGCCAGGAGUGCGAGGGCCUGCUGUGGGGCAUCGCGCGGCAGGGCAUGCGCUGCUCCGAGUGCGGCGUCAAGUGCCACGAGAAGUGCCAGGACCUCCUCAACGCCGACUGUCUGCAGCGGGCCGUGGAGAAGAGCUCCAAGCAUGGCGCCGAGGACAAAACCCAGAACAUCAUCAUGGCCAUGAAGGAGAGGAUGAAGAUCCGGGAGAAGAACCGGCCGGAGGUGUUCGAGGUCAUCCAGGAGAUGUUCCAAAUUUCAAAGGAGGACUUUUCUUCCCACCUGAAAGCAGCCAAGCAGGCAGUACUGGAAGGCACAUCAAAGUGGUCUGCGAAAAUCACCAUCACCGUCUUGUGUGCUCAGGGUUUACAAGCCAAGGACAAGACUGGCUCCAGCGACCCUUAUGUGACCGUGCAAGUGGGCAAGACCAAGCGCAGAACCAAGACCAUCUUUGGGAACCUCAACCCUGUCUGGGAUGAAAAAUUCUUUUUUGAGUGCCACAACGCCACUGACAGGAUAAAAGUGAGAGUCUGGGAUGAGGAUGACGACAUCAAGUCUCGGGUGAAGCAGCACUUCAAAAAGGAGUCGGAUGAUUUCCUGGGGCAAACCAUCAUCGAAGUCAGGAUGCUCAGCGGCGAGAUGGACGUGUGGUACAACCUCGAAAAGCGGACGGACAAAUCUGCAGUGUCUGGUGCCAUCAGGCUGAAGAUCAGUGUGGAGAUGAAGGGAGAAGAAAAAGUUGCACCGCCCCAUGGUCAAUAUACCUGUUUACAUGAGAAUCUGUUCCACUACCUGACGGAAGUGAAAAACAAUGGGAUUGUGAAGAUUCCUGAGGUCAAAGGGGACGAGGCUUGGAAGGUCUACUUCGACGACGUCUCUCAAGAAAUUGUGGACGAGUUUGCAAUGCGGUACGGUGUGGAAUCCAUAUACCAGGCAAUGACCCAUUUCUCCUGCCUGUCGUCUAAGUACAUGUGCUCCGGUGUGCCAGCGGUGAUGAGUAAUCUGCUGGCCAACAUUAAUGCCUACUUUGCCCACACCACUACGGCCACCACAAACAUCUCUGCAUCUGACCGUUUUGCGGCCUCAAAUUUUGGAAGGGAAAAAUUUGUCAAGCUAUUAGAUCAGCUGCAUAAUUCACUGAGGAUUGACCUGUCUAAGUACCGGGAUAAUUUUCCUGCUAGCAACCCAGAGAGGCUCCAGGACCUGAAAUCUACUGUGGACCUGCUAACCAGCAUCACAUUCUUUCGAAUGAAGGUUCAGGAGCUCCAGAGCCCACCCAGAGCCAGCAUGGUGGUGAAAGACUGCGUACGAGCAUGCCUUGACUCCACCUACAAGUACAUUUUUGACAACUGUCACGACCUGUACAACCAGAUGCUGGAUCAGGCGAAGAAACAGGAUGUCCCACGCGAGGAGCAGGGACCCUCCAUCAAGAACCUGGACUUCUGGCCCAAGCUCAUCACCCUGAUGGUGUCGGUAAUCGACGAGGACAGGCUUGCAUACACCCCAGUGAUCAAUCAGUUCCCACAAGAGCUGAACAUGGGGAAGAUCAGUGCAGAGAUGACAUGGAACUUGUUUGCCAUGGACAUGAAGUACGCCAUGGAAGAACAUGAGAAGCACCGGCUGUGUAAGAGCACAGAGUAUAUGAAUCUGCAUUUCAAAGUGAAAUGGUUUCAUAAUGAGUACGUCCGAGAUUUGCCUGCCUUCAAGGACUCCGUGCCAGAGUAUUCUCUAUGGUUCGAUCCCUUUGUUAUUCAGUGGUUGGAUGAAAACGAAGAUGUGUCCAUGGAGUUUCUGCAUGGAGCCCUGGAGAGAGAUAAGAAAGAUGGUUUCCAGCAGACCUCCGAACACGCCCUGUUUUCCUGCUCUGUGGUGGACGUCUUCACGCAGCUGAACCAGAGCUUUGAGAUCAUAAAGAAGCUGGAGUGUCCCAACCCCCAGGCCCUGGCCCACUUCAUGUGCCGCUUCGCUAGGACCAUUAACAAAGUCCUACUUCAGUAUGCUGCAAUCAUAUCAAAGGAUUAUUCCUCCUAUUUGAACAAGGAGAUAGUGCCCUGCAUCUUGCUCAACAACAUUCAACAACUUCGCAUCCAGCUGGAAAAGAUGUUCCAGUCCAUGGGUGGAAAGCAGCUGGAUGCCGAAGCCAGCGACCUCCUCAAGGAGCUUCAGAACAAACUGAACAUUGUGCUCGAUGAGCUGAGUGGAGUUCUCGCCUCCAGUUUCAAGCCUGUCAUUGAGGACUGUGUGAAGCAGAUGAACCAGGAGCUGGCGCAGAUGAAAGGCAAUGGGGCAGCAAAGAAAAGCAACGCGGCCAUGGACGCAGAGACCGUGCUACGACCCCUCAUGGACUUAUUGGAUAAGAACCUGAUGCUAUUUGCGAAGAUCUGUGAGAAAACCGUUCUGAAGAGGGUUCUGAAGGAGCUGUGGAAGAUCGUGCUGAACACGAUCGAGAGCCAGAUCGUCUUACCGCCGUUAACGGACCAGACUCAAGGAGCUCAGAUGAUUUUCAGCGCUGCAAAGGACUUGGGGCAGUUGUCCAAACUCAAGGAACAUGUGACCAGAGAGGAGGCGCGGAGCCUGACCCCUCGGCAAUGUGCAGCCAUGGAUUUAGUCCUUCCCACCAUCAAGCAAUAUUUCCAUGCUGGAGGAAACGGCCUGAAAAGAUCAUUCCUUGAGAAGAGCCCAGAUCUGAAGUCACUGAAAUACGCUCUUAGCCUUUACACACAACCUACAGAUGCCUUGAUUAAGAAGUAUAUAUGCACCCAGACCUCUCAAGUUCCGUCAUCUAAUGGAACAGUGGGCGAGGUGUCCAUGCAGGUGGACCUGAUCUCUCAUCCCGGCACCGGGGAGCACAAAGUCAGCGUAAAAGUCGUGGGAGUGAACAACCUCAGCUGGCAGACCAGCGCCAUGUUCCGCCCGUUCGUCGAGGUCAACGCCCUCGGGCCUCAGCUUGCUGAUAAGAAGCGCAAAUUCAGCACCAAGACCAAAAACAACAGCUGGUCUCCCAAGUACAAUGAAACAUUCCAAUACAUUUUCAGUAAUGAGCACGGGCCCGAGGCCUACGAGCUGCACGUUUCCGUGAAGGACUACUGCUUCGCCAGGGAGGACCGCAUCAUCGGGAUGACUGUCAUCCAGCUGAGAGAGCUGCUGGACAAGGGCAGCUAUUUGGCCUGUCAGCCCUUGGUCAAGAACGUCUCCAUGGACGACACCGGAUUGACCAUCGUUAGAAUACUCUCUCAGAGGACCGGCGACGAAUUGGCCAAAGAGUUUGUUCGGCUGAAAUCAGAAACGAGGUCUACUGAAGAAGUAUCGUAAAGAAAAAAACAACAUUAAAAUAAAAAAGACAUUGGUGUAUGUCUGAGGGCUCGACUGCAAAUAGUCGUGUUGUUUGUAUUUGUGCAUGUAUGUAAAACAUCUGUUGGAAUGUUCAUUUUAAACUACAGUAUGUACAAGUGUUUACCUAAAGUAUACUUACUAUAAAGUACAGUAUUAUAUUCUACAAGUUAUGUUAAGAGAUAUUAAAUACCUUUUUGUACUACAGUAAAACUUUAAGUCUUUUUGAACAGGACUUUGUUCAGAUAAAGUGCCAAACCAGAGAAAAAAAUGACUACAAUAAGUGUUCAAAAGAAUGGUGAUGUUGGUAUACUUUAAAUUUGCUUGAUUAUUUUGUCCUGUGUUACUCAUUCUCUAACUGUGCUGCAUUAUAAUUGUUGACACAUUUCAUUAGCACUGCUAUUUUUACAGUUUGUUACACAACACUUCUGUUGUGCAUGUCCUGAUUUAGACCUGGCUUCCCUCCAUGGGCUCACAGUGACUAUUGGCUUGGGUCUUCCAUCGCCGCUCCAACACUCUUUGUACUUUUAGGCUGCCCUCAAAAGCGACCAUUUUAUAAAUAAUGGCAAUGACUGCUAUGUAAACCUUCAUAGAUGUUUGUAAUUUUAUAACUGUUAGUAACAAUGCAGAGUGUCCUUGUUUUAUCAGUCUAAAGAGAAAGUAAAGAAAUUUUCUUCUUUCUAUAAUUUUUUUCCCCCCCCCCCCCCCCCCCAGUCAUUGGCUUCCAGCCAUUCUGAAUAUCACUGUGAACAUACGCUUUGGAAGACUAGCUUGCAUAACAUCAUUGACAGUUUGAUAUUGUUGAUUUAUCUCUAAAAAUAACUUUGUUCCCAAGAAACUGCCAAAGUUACAUAAAAAGUCUGCAACAGCAAUCCAUUACCUUUAUGAACAGUAUAUAUCUACAUGUGCUAUGACUUUUUCCAAUACUACAUAUCUGGUUGUUAUUGGGGUGAUUGCUUUACUUACCUAAUUAGUUAUAACAGCUUCAGUCAUUUUUAUUUUUUCUUUAAAAAGGACAGAGUUUAAAUAUUUGGUAAUUAUGCAACAUUCCUAUGUAUUGCACUGAUGGCGAAUUGUAUGUCAUGUAAAUAUAUUUAGUGAGAAAUUCUAA